AUGUCAGAGCUAAAGCUUGCCUUUCGUGAGGAAAAGAAGCUGGAGAGGAAGCUCGAUUUCCCAAAGGAAAAGUCCGCUCCACACAAUGAUAGAGAUGCCCGCCGACAAAGCGCACAAGAGCAAAUUGGAGCAGAUAAACAACCUUCUAGCAGCAAUAUCGUAGGGUCCUCUACGCAGCCAGACUUCCCCGGUCUGGGAUUCACAAACCUUCCUCCAGAGCUUCGAAGAAUGAUUGUCCAAGAAGCUGCGCAACCACUUCUCCUUCCUAGGAUCGUGGAGAUACAUGAAGAAGAUUUGGAAAUCCGCUUUGCCACAGCAGUUGAGCCCGACUUCAUCCAAAAACGAAAGAUCAAGCAUUUCCGGUCGGUUACGCCAUGCUCAUCUCUGCUACAGGUCAACAUCGAGUUCAAAGGCCUAAUCUGGGAGUACUUCGAAAAGGAAGAUCAUCUGGGUCACGAACUUUGUCUCGACAAGGUUCCCUUUAGUUUUGAGCGCGACUCUGCAUAUUUCACGCAAGAUACCCUAAUGUCAUGGAUGCGACUUUGGCGAAAGUGCAGCGAUCGCCACCCCGACUAUCCUCUCAACGACGACGCAGGCUUGAUCUUGAGAAACAAGCUACGACGUAUUGUGUUUGACGUCAAGAUGCUCCUUGGACAUGACGAGGCCUUCAACAACGUACUUGGAGAGUGGUUUAGCGGCAAUGCUGACACCAUCGAGCAACUGGGUCCAGGUCUGGCAGCCUUUCCUUCUCUUGAAGAGAUCAUUCUGGUGGUUCGCGAGGAUGACGCCGACGUUCAUAUGGAUUGUUUGGACUUCACAGAGACAUCCGAGGAGGUUUUACAGUUCUAUGACUACGAGGCUCUCCAUGUCGAUGAAGGCCUUGGAUGCAUUAAAUUGGCCGACCCCCAACCAGCCAGCAAGGCCGCUUACGUUCUCAGAAUAGCAGAGGAUUUUCUUCGCACUUCUCUCGAAUUUUACUUCAAUAAGUUCGAGAUUCGGAGGGGUGGCGCUUUUCACAAACCAUCUACAAAACCUUCGGAACCACGCAAGAUACGGACGCUUCCCAUCAUCAAGAAGAUGGUGAAAAAGCCCUGA